AUGUCUACAGAAGCCAUUCCAUUUCAUCCGAUAGAUAAAGUAAUUUUCGCUGCCAUGUUAGCCGUUUCAGCCUUCACUGGUAUAUAUCAUGCUCUCGCCAAUGGAGGACAGCACACUACAUCUCGGUACUUGCUAGCUGACCAAAAAAUGGGAGGAUUACCAGUGGCUAUGUCGCUGCUUGUGUCGUUCAUGUCCCCGAUAACAAUUCUGGGUACUCCGGCAGAGGUUUACCUCAAUGGUAUUAUGUAUGUGUUCUUGUUACUAGCUUUUAUCUGGGUGUAUCCAGUGGUGGCUGUCCUAUUCGUACCAGUAUUCCAUGGUUUGGAUAUAAAAAGUGCAUACGAGUAUCUCGGACUCAGAUUUAAUUUCCCGCUGCGUAUGUUGGCAUCAACUAUAUUUAUCAUACAGUCGGUAUUUUACAUGGCAGUGUGUCUCAUUGGACCCGCAUUGGCUUUCGAGGCUGUUCAGAAGUUUGAAGUUUGGAAAACUGUUGUAAUUACUGGAGUAGUGUGUACGUUUUAUACAUCGGUGGGAGGUAUGAAAGCUGUUAUCUGGACUGACGUUUUUCAAUUCAUGGUUAUGCUUGUGACAGUUAUAGCAGUUAUCGUCAUGGGCUCUGCUGAAGCUGGUGGCAUGGGUCAUGUAUGGGAGAACAAUGCCGAAAAUGGCAGACUGGAUGUUCUUAACUUUUCCUUCGAUCCAAGCGUUCGUCUGACCUUACCGAACCUUGUUAUAGGUGGCGGAUUUAACUACAUCCCGGUGUUUGUCAGCCAGGCGGCAGUUCAAAGAUUCAUGACUACAAAAUCUUUAAAAGAGUCUAAGAUGGAUUCAUGCACGGGACCCCCUUCUCAGCUUUAUUUGAUGUUGACGUGUUUUUUUUCAGGUUAUAACAUAACUCCAGAGGGCGACACGAUUCCUCAUUAUGGUCCAGAGUACACUUCACCCGAUCAGAUAUUGGUUUAUUUCGUGAGCUCACAGUUUGGAAGAAUACCCGGGGUACAGGGAUUGUUCAUAGCCUGCAUUUCUGCUGGUACUCUCAGUUCUGUUUCUUCCUGUCUCAGUGCGUUGAUUGCUGUCACUUUAGAAGAUUUUAUCAAACCAUUCCGACGUUGGAGAUCCCGCCGUAGAGGGCAAAGAUUACAAGAAGAUGACACAAAAGAUACUUUGAUUUCCAAAUGUUUAACUUGCAUGUAUGGAGCUGCAGGUAUAGGGCUGGCAUUCAUUGCAUCAUACAUAGGUACAUUUGUGACAAUGGGUAAUACGAUAUUCGGUACAACCGGUGGGCCCAUGUUAGGCGCUUUUGGGCUAGGUAUGCUGUAUAAAAGAGCCAAUGGAAUAGGUGUAUUUAUUGGUACGUUACUGGGUUUUACAAUUGGUCUGUGGGUUGCUAUAGGUAAUAUUAUCUACAGAGAUAUUAUUGACGAAGUAUCGCCUAUCUACAAGCUUUCCUUCAUGUGGUACAGUGUAUUCAGUGUCGUUAUUACUACUGUUGUUGGUAUUACCAGCAGUGAAAUAUUACGCCUCAUUUUCCCGAAGGAACGAUUGAAUGCUAUUGAUCCAAAGCUACUGGCCACGUGCUUGAGACCCAGGGGUUGGCAGACUAUCCAAAAUGACGACGGUGAAAAAGAAUUGGAGGCAGUAGAGAGCGAAGACGUUGAAACUACACGUCUGUAA